UUCUUUAUGUGCCGCCCCAUAUAUGGAUUAUACAAAACACAGCUCUCCAUAGCUAUAUUUUUCUUGCUCAAACCCAUAUAAAGUUUACCAAAAAGGAAACAAGAUUCCUUCACUUUUUUCUCUUUUCAAUCUCAACUUUUCUUUUGUUUUCUCUUCCUAACAAAAACUUCCACUCCUGUAAACUAAACACUCUGCCCAUCACAAACCUUUUGGACUCAUCGCUGGUUUUUAAGCUGUUGAGCUGAUCAUCCUCUGAUUGAUUGGAAUUUUAUUUGAUUGCAUUUUUUGAGACACAUUUUUCUUGUUGUAGAGAUUAUCUGGAGAGUGAAAUGGGAGUUGAUGCAAUGAAAAUUGGGGUUCAAAUCAGGAAAGUUAUGGCUUUUUCAAUAAGAAGUUGCUAUAGAUCAGUUUGUAAUCAUCCAUUCCUUGUGGGUUUUAUGUGUUUUUUGAUACUGCUGUAUAGAUCAUCUCCUUUUAUCUUUUCCCUUUUGGUUUCUGCCUCUCCUGUUUUGGUUUGUACUGCUAUGUUGCUUGGUGCCCUCUUGAGUUUGGGAAAACCAAACAUACCUGAAAUUGAGAAAGAAGAGAAGGUUAGCACUCAUGAGAUUGCUUCUUUUAAAACUGGGGUUGUAGAAGAGAGUACUGUUGUUGAGAGAGAUGUGAUUGGAAGCUUUUCAACGGCGGAGAGAUAUAUAGGAAAGGGAAGGGACGUGGCAGAGAGUGCUCUUGAUGAGUCAAUUUUAGUGGAGAAUAGAGUAAGUGAGGUUGAGGAAGAUGGUGGUUUGGUUGAUUGUAUGCCAUUGAUUGAUGUGAAUUCGAGGGAAAUUCAGUGCGAGAAGCAAGUGAUUGAGCAUGUUGAGAGAGAAUUGAAUGAUUUGGAGACUGAGAAGAAGAGGGAAGUUCAUGAGGAGAAACCGCAGAUUGAAGAAAAGUUGAAUGAUGUUGGUGGGGAGGUGGUAGAUAAUUUGUAUUCUGAGGAUAUAGGUAAUAAUCUUGAGGUCAAAAAUGAUAAAUCUCCUGCAGAGUUGAUUAAUGCACUCAAGGAAGAUCAGCUGGAUUAUGCUAGAGGCAUGUCUUGGAAACGGUUAGGAGAAGAAUACAAUGAUGACAAUGAUGAUGAUGACGAAGAGACUCUGGAUUCAGGGUCUAGUGGGGCAGAAAGUUCCUCACCAGAUGCUUCGAUGGCUGACAUUCUCCCAAUGCUUGAUGAGCUCCACCCGCUUCUAGACUUGGAAGCUCCUCAACCUGUCCAUAUAUCUAACGAUGAAUCAGAUGCUGGUUCGCGGAUGUCCCAUAAGAGUGAUAUUGAAAGCGUUGAGUCUAAGGAAAGUGAUAAUGACGGAGAAGGAGAAGGUGAGGAUGAUAAUGAUGAUGAGGAGGAAGAAGGAGAAGCGGCAAAGGAGGAAAAUGAGGAUGAAAGUAAAUCUGCAAUUAAAUGGACAGAGGUUGAUCAGAAGAAUCUCAUGGAUUUGGGGACUUCAGAGCUUGAAAGGAACCAACGUCUAGAGAAUCUUAUUGCAAGGAGAAGAGCUCGUAAAAACUUGAGAUUGAUGACUGAGAAGAAUCUGAUAGAUUUAGAAAGUACUGAUCUUCCAUUUAAUGUUCCACCUAUUGCAACAACAAGGCGAAACCCAUUUGAACUUCCUUAUGAUCUCUAUGGUGAUAUGGCUAUUCCUGGUUCUGCACCUUCCAUUCUAUUGCCCAGACGAAAUCCUUUUGAUCUUCCUUACGACCCAAAUGAAGAAAAACCUGAUCUCAAAGGAGACAGUUUCCAACAAGAGUUCACAGCUGUUCAACCAAAGGAACCAGUAUACAGAAGGAAUGAAACCUUCAGCAUAGGAGCAUCUGUUUUUGGGGGUUCCAAGCAGGAAAGGCAAGACUUCAGCUGGAGACCGUAUUUUGUACCAGAACGGUGUUCUUCAGAAGAAGGAACAAGCUAUUCUGCAUUCCAGAGGCAAUUAAGUGAAAUUAGUGAGUCGAAGAUUAGUUCUGUUCCUGAUACUGAAUCAUUGAGUUCAGCUGUUGAUGAAGAGGACCGGCAGUUCCAUGAACAAGUACCAGAACAAUUUUCUUCAGAAGAAAUGAGCUAUACCACAUUUCAGAGACAAAUAAGUGAAAUUAGUGAUUCAAAAGUAAGUUCUGUUCCUGAUAUGGAGUCAGUAAAUUCAGUGGUGGAUGAGGAGGACAAGAAGCCAAACAAACAAGAUGUUUCUCGGGAGACAAAAUUGAUCUCUAACAUGGACUGUGCCACUGAUCAUGUUGAAUUUGGAAGCCAAUCCUCUGAAGAUGUUGAUGCUGUAGAUAUUGAACAAGCUGAGAAUAGGGAUGUUCACCACAAUGAGGUUGAAAUUACUUUAGGGGGUGUGGAGAAUCACCAUGAAAAGGAACAGUGUGUUUCUGGGACUGAAGGGAUGAAUACUCCUGAGGAAUCUAAUGUGAAUGAGAGUUUGCCUGGAACAGAAGCAAUGCCUACUCCUAAGGAACUCAGUACAAAAGAAAUUCAUCUGAAAACAGAACCAGGUGAAGAGGAUUACAGUAGUGGGUCAAGCUUCUCAUCAUUGUCAGAAGUAAAUGAUAAAAUUUCUGAUAUGAGAGGAGGAGGAUUGAUGAGUUUGGAGCCUAAAGCCAACCAUUUUGAAGAAUCAGGUGUUUCAACUCGUACUUCUCUUGAGGAGUCGGAAUUUCGAUUAAUGAGCGGGGUGCUGGAACAGAGGGAGCCUGUGUUUGAUUCAAGCCCCCAACAAAUGGAGAAAUUCCUGUCAUUUGCCUCCAUUUCAUCUGAUACACAACUAGAAAUAACUAGAAUGCUUGUGUAUGCAAAUGAAUCUGAACAACACAUUGAGGAAAGUGAGAAGGAUACUUCUGAUGAUUUUGAAGAGGUGGGUACAGGCUCCUCAGAAGGUCAUGCAGCAGAUGAAGAUGAAUCAUCAUCAAGGGAAGUUGCAUUGUCACAGACGAGUGAGCAUGAUCUUAACAGGGUUGGUUCUUCAGGUAUUGAUCCAAACACUGAUGAUCAAAAGGGAGCCACUGUGAGGCUGUUCUCUUCAGACAUUAUUCCUGUAGAGGAGUAUACUUUAUAUGGGGGAGAACAAUUUCUCCCCGAAAAGGAUCAAGUUGUCUCAUUAAGUCAUGAUUCUGAGAAUCAUCAAGAGUUGGAUGAGAAGUUUGGUUCUGCAGUUCCUGAUGAUCAGAUUUCUGACUCCUAUUCAAGUUUGUCUGCCCCAGAGGGGCAAAAACCUUCAAUGAUGGUUGAACAUGUUACUCUGUGCAGCAGUGAGUCUGAGCCUGUAGAGGAAACAACAAAAGAUAAGGAAGAAACUGUGCAACCUGAACUGGAUGAAGUCCAUUUGUCAAGUUCAUUAGACAAGAAGUCAGUUGAGGAAGGCAUGACAGACAAGGAUAGACAUUUUCUGCAGGAACCAGGUCAAGGCCACUCGUCAAGUUUUGAUGAAGAUAUUCAUGUUGAUGGCCACCUAGAUGUUUCUGAGGGUUUGGAUUCUGUGCCUUUGAGUUCCCAGCAUAUGGAUUCCAAGAACUUCACAUUGUCUACCCCAGUGGAACAGCAGUCUCCCCUUGUGACUGUGCAAGUUCCAACAGUUCAUCAUUCUUUAGAGGCUGAUCGUGUACAGGAGCAUUCAUUAGAUAAGGGAGAAACUCAUGAGCUUGAAAAGGAUCAAGUCCAAUCAUCUGAGUCAAAGAUUGAUUCUGGUCUAAGGGUGAUUUCUGCCAAGUAUAGUAAUGAAGAUGUUCAUUCUGAAGAAAUAUCCACAUCUGAAUUGGAGAAGCAGUUAUCUUGGUCAGAUAAAUCACCAUCUUAUGAUGACGUUGAUGAAACCCAGGAAGCACCUAUCCUCCUGACAGAGUCUACAAAGGAAGUAAACAUUGUCAACGAUGCAAAUGUAUCUGAAGUUCCUGAUCAUGUUCAUGAGGUGGAAAAUUUGAAAAAUUCAUCAUCUCAGACUUCCAAUUCCUCUUCAACCCCAUUCGAGAGUUCUGAAAGUGGAUCUCCGGAUGGGGAGAAAGUAAGCAUUCUCAACAUUGCAAAUGUCUCUGAAGUUCCUAAUCAUGAGGAAAAAACUUUGAAAACUUCUUCAUCCUUAACGUCUAACUCUGGUUCAACCACAUUUGAAAGUACUGGAGAUAGAUCUCCUGGUGGAGAGGAUGUCAAAGAUGAAAUCCUUGAUGGAGUUGUAUAUGGGGACCAUGAUCAGGUCAAAGAACACUUCAGUUCUUUGGUAGAAUCAUAUGGUCCUCGCAUUGAUGAGGAAAACUUCAAUGAAGAAGCAGAUGAAUUAAGAGAAAUUGAUGAAGGAUUGCUGUCUGAACUAGACACUGUUGGUGACUUUAGCAUCAGAGAAGUUGGUGAGUCACACCAUAUUGAACUGACACCCGAGGAGAUCAAUAUCUCAAAUGUUGAGUCAUUUCCCAAUGAUUCCAUACCAGCAGCAACCAAUGCAGAGCUACCAAUUCUUGAAGCAAAAUCAGUUCAAGAUAUUGUCUUGGCAUUUAAGCAACUUGAUGAAGGAGUAGAUGUGGAGGAAGUCAUCCUACCCAGUAUGCUUGAGGAUCAGGUAGUUGUCGGUGAAAAUGCAGAUCCAGUGGGUAUCAGCUCAGACUUUCCUGUUCUCAACGCAAGAUCUCUAGAGGAUAUUCAUUCUGCUUUGAAGCAAGUUUCACAAAGUAAUCAGGUUGAGUUAUUGAAACCCUUGGAAUCAGAGGAUCAAUCAGCAGAAAUGAAAGAAAAAGAAGCGGUUUCUACUAAGCAAAUUGAAGCAUCAAGUAUUGUUGAAUCUGUUAUGCUGGAAAAUAGUGUGACAGCAGGUGAUGAUUCAAAACAAGUGUCUGAGGAAACAUCUAAAAGUUCUAGUUUAAGUAUAUCCAAUGGUGAGAAGGAAAAUCAUGUAAGUGGAGAUGAAAUUCUCGUGCCUGUUCUUGCUCAAGCUCCAGUAAUUCAGAUUGACAGCAAGAAUCCAAAAAUAAGCUGA